AUGAGCUUGUUGAGGUCUAUCUGUAAUGUAGCGAAGUUCAUCAGGCCUACUUCUCAUCUGUCAUCGUUUUGUCCAGCCACACUUACAGCACAGAGACGUGGAUAUGCAGCAGAAGCGAAGGCUGCUGCUGCCAGUCCUGCUGCUAAAGUAGGCUCAACUGGUCGUGUUGUGGCAGUUAUUGGUGCCGUCGUAGACGUACAGUUCGAUGAGAAUCUACCUCCUAUUCUCAAUGCUUUGGAAGUGAAAGGCCGUACACCGAGGUUAAUCCUUGAAAUCGCUCAACACCUCGGUGAAAAUACUGUGCGUACGAUUGCUAUGGAUGGUACAGAGGGUCUUGUUCGUGGUCAGCAGUGUGUUGAUACUGGUGGUCCUAUCCGUAUUCCCGUGGGACCUGAAACACUUGGUCGUAUUAUGAACGUCAUUGGUGAGCCGAUUGACGAAAGAGGGCCAAUCAACACAAAGAUGAUGUCAGGUAUACAUCAAGAGGCCCCUGACUUCAUCGAAAUGAGUACUGAGCAAGAAAUCUUGGAAACAGGAAUUAAGGUAGUUGAUCUUCUGGCUCCAUAUGUGAAAGGAGGAAAGAUUGGUCUUUUUGGAGGCGCAGGAGUAGGCAAAACUGUGUUAAUUAUGGAACUUAUCAACAACAUUGCUAGAGCUCAUGGUGGUUACUCUGUGUUCGCAGGUGUAGGAGAGCGAACUAGAGAAGGUAAUGAUUUGUAUCACGAAAUGAUAACAACGGGUGUCAUUGACCUUAAGGGUAACAAUUCCAAAGUGUCACUUGUGUAUGGACAAAUGAAUGAACCUCCUGGGGCUCGUGCUCGUGUCGCUUUAACAGGUCUAACUGUUGCAGAGUAUUUCCGUGACCAAGAGGGUCAAGAUGUGUUGUUGUUUGUGGAUAAUAUUUUCAGAUUCACACAGGCUGGUUCUGAAGUGUCUGCAUUGCUGGGUCGUAUUCCUAGCGCUGUCGGUUACCAGCCAACUCUAGCUACUGACAUGGGUAGUAUGCAAGAACGGAUUACGUCCACCAGAAAGGGAUCAAUUACUUCAGUGCAGGCCAUUUAUGUCCCUGCAGAUGACUUAACUGAUCCUGCACCUGCUACUACAUUCGCUCAUUUGGACGCAACAACUGUCUUAAGUCGCGCGAUCGCUGAAUUGGGUAUUUAUCCGGCUGUUGACCCACUGGAUUCCAAUAGUCGUAUCUUGGAUCCUAAUAUUGUUGGCGAAGAACACUAUUCUGUUGCUCGUGGAGUGCAAAAGAUUUUGCAGGAAAAUCGCUCACUGCAAGAUAUCAUUGCUAUCUUGGGUAUGGAUGAACUGUCUGAAGAAGAUAGGCUAACAGUAUCUCGUGCUCGAAAGAUUCAAAGAUUUUUGAGUCAACCGUUCCAAGUUGCUGAAGUCUUUAUCGGACGUGAAGGAAAGUUGGUUUCCUUGAAGGAUUCAAUCAAAGGUUUCAAAAUGAUCAUCAACGGUGAAUUGGAUCACAUACCAGAAGCUGCCUUCUUCAUGGUCGGAGCAAUUGAAGAUGUAUUGGAAAAAGCAGAACAACUGGCAAAAGAAAGUUCGUGA